AUGGCGACGGUGGACAGAGCCAUCGUUUACAACAGACGUCUGGAUCCCUCAAGAAAGCAAAUCCGGCUUCUGACCGUUCUUCCCGCUACCGAUGACAGCAAACUCGUGCACUGUCGACUUAAGACGGUCUCACUGGUCGCUGAUCUCAGAUAUAUUGCGCUCUCAUACGUUUGGGGCGAUCCAGAUGUGACCCUUGACGUGGUCGUGAACGGGCUAGUCUUCGGGGUCACGGAGAAUCUCGCGUCCGCAUUGUGGUACUUCAGGGAGUACGACAUGCUCCGAGGCACCCAUGGUGAGCCGCUUCGACUUUGGGUCGACGCGCUCUGUAUCAACCAGAAAGACCUCAAGGAAAGGGCACAGCAGGUUGCCUUCAUGGGUUCGGUCUACGGCCAGGCUACGCACGUUUUCUCAUGGCUUUGUGCACCAAAUAAGAACGAACAUCGAGUCGACGAAGGGAUCCGCACCGUACGUGAAGUCAUGGCAGAAAUGGAAUGGGAGGACAUUUCUGACGACGAGACGGUCAAAGAUAAAGGCAAGGGGGAAUAUUCUGAUGGUGAUUGUUCAACGAGUGAGUCGGACAGUCACUCAUAUCAUUGCCACUCCAAGAGUCCCCUAGACGAUCCCAGCAGGGAGGAAGUCGAACAAUUCACCCAAGAGAUCAUUCGGCGUCCGGAACUAUGCCGCAACAAUAUGAAAGCCAAAUGGGUCAAUACCGCGUGGAGUGCUAUUAUUCAACUUGAAACUCUCAAGUAUUGGAAUCGGAUUUGGGUAUACCAGGAAAUGAUUCUGGCGAAACAAACCACAGAUUGUCAUUUUCUGGUAAUUGGAAAUGAAAUGGUACUCGCAGUUAUCCUCAACGAGUUCAGAUCCCUUUUCCUCGGAAUGCUUAUUGAAUUUGAAAACACUGCGAAGAAGCCGUCUGCGAUGGGCUCCGAGACUUGGCGACGAUUAAUCGCCCGCAGGUGGGCGAUUAUCGGCACAACCCUCAAAGUAACAUGGAUUGUUAAGGAAUCUAUGAAUCAUAGAGAUCUCGUUCUACAUUGGAUAUUCUACACUAUCAGUUCCUGCGAAGCAUCAGAUCCUCGAGAUAUGGUCUAUGCAUGGUUGGGCAUUCUCAAUCUAGAUAUCCAACCAGACUACGAGAAGACCGUGAAGGAUGUCUACCUCGACUGGUGUAAAUACACGAGCACAGAAUGGGCUGCCGACACGGAAGGGCCUGCUCUGUGUUUGAAUGACAUUUUGAGGGGAGCCGGACUAGCGGGCAGAGAGGGUGAUGCUUACGGACUCCCGUCGUGGAUUCCAGAUCUCAGCAAACCUCGAAUAAAUCCAUACGACCUAGUCUCGUUUAGUACUAAAGCAUUCUUCGAUCUCGACAGACAUCAUUCCUGCUAUGAAGAUAUCUUGAAAAUUCACGGGGCUCAAUGUGGAGGUGUCUUACACCACGUACAGAUAGACUUUGAAUCCCAUGACAACCUCUGGAGAUACUUUUUUCAUGACUUAGUCAUGAGUAAGCCAAAGAACGAAACGGAAAUUAGCCUCAAGUUGGAUGUUUCUUACGAACAUCAGUGUCUUGCCACCUUCCUUCGUGGUAUCGAUCCAACGACCUCAUCCAGGCGUUUAUUGGGAAAGGACAAGUUGGAUGGCUUUUGGCAACUACUGGGGUUCUUCGCAUUAAUAUCAUCGAACAUCUCGGAUGCUCAAUUUCUGAUAGAACCCCUGCUGACUGGCGGAUCUUCCGGUGCGAAUGAAAAUAAAAUGGCUCGAGCUGCACGGCGGCAAAGGCCACUGAAAAAACGGUUCUCCGAAGUAGCGGCCGCUCAUUUCGUUGAUCGAUUGGAGGAGCAUUUGACAAGACUCGAAGGCAGUUAUUUCUUUGAGACAGAAACUGGUUAUCUAGGUAUUGGCGGCGGCGUGCAAGUUGACGACAAGAUCUGCAUUCUAAAUGGGUGCGAAUUCCCGGUAAUCAUGAGGAGAACGGCGGACAGUUGGGUUUAUAUCGGUCCUUGCCACGUUUAUGGGAUUUCGACCAUCGAUCCAGCUGAGGUUAUCAAACGUGACAAUCUGGACGUACAGUGGUUUGAAAUAAGUUGA